AUGUCACUUAGGAAGGUGAAGAUGGCAGUGCCGGUGAUCUGGAUAGUGUGUUUCUUCCUGGUCAUGCCUCCCUUCUUUGGGUGGAGCAGAUACGCUCUCAGUCAACCCCUGUACACAUGUGGACUGGACCUGAAUGGUCACCCCGCUGAUAAAUACUACAUACUGGUCUACUCGCUGAUCACGUUUCCGCUUCCAAUAAUCCUGAUUGUGUUCUGCUACGCCAGCAUUACCCUCAACGUAACCCGCCACUUCAAGAGGAGAAAUAAGUUUAGCAAGGUCUUGGACGGGGUCAAACUCAAGAACAAUUCCCAGCCAUCAAACGACUCCGAUGAACGGGGAAUCAACAGGAAGAUAAGAUCCGCUUCAACCGUCCAGAAGAAAGAGCAGAUGAAGGUGGCGAUAUCGAUACUGGUGGUGGUGAUGACACUGAUAGUCACAGUCUUCCCCAUCAUGUGCAUUUCACUGGCAGUCCUGUUCGGCUGCAGUACCUGUCAGCCUUCCACCAGGUACAUAGUGGCUGCUCACUGGGUUAAUGUGGGUAGAAGCUCAGCUAACCCACUCAUCUUUGGUAUCGCCAACAAGCCCAUCAGAGAUGCUUACAGGUGA